UUGUUUUGACCUUAUAAUCAUUUAAGCCCUUCAAGCCCUUUUAGGUCCCCUUUGGAUUCCUCAUUUUACUCUUGGAGCUAGGGUUUCUUCUCUCUCCUUGCUCAAUUUCAAUCUCCAACGCCAUGAUGCAGCAGCCAGGAACUGGAGGCAUGCCGCCUCCACAGCUACCCAUGGGGCCGCCGCAACAACCAACUAUCGCUCCACCACCUCCACAAGCUCUCCCCCAGCAAUAUCAGCAAGCUCCCCCACAGCCUUACAUGAUGAUGAUGCCUCAACUGCCCCAAUCCCAGCCACCGCCACCAGCUAUGUGGGCUCACCAGCAUUCGAUGCCUCCCGCGGCAGCGCCACCGCAGCAGCAGCAACAACAAGUCCAGCAGGCGCAGCAACAGCAACCGGGUCAACCUGCUAGUGCCGAUGACAUUCGUACGCUUUGGAUCGGUGAUUUACAGUACUGGAUGGAUGAGAAUUAUCUUCUUAGCUGCUUCGCUCACAUCGGAGAGGUUAUUUCUGUGAAAGUCAUUCGCAAUAAGCAAACUGGUCAAGUAGAAGGUUAUGGAUUUAUUGAGUUUACCAGUCACGGGGCUGCUGAAAGAAUAUUGCAGACAUACAAUGGUACUCCCAUGCCAAAUGGUGAGCAGAACUUCAGGAUGAACUGGGCAUCUUUUAGUGGUGGUGAUAAACGGGAUGAUACUCCUGAUUUCACAAUAUUUGUUGGAGACUUGGCUGCUGAUGUUACAGAUUACCAACUACAAGAGACAUUCAGGGUCCGCUAUCCCUCACUUAAGGGUGCAAAAGUUGUUGUUGAUAGGCUCACUGGACGCACAAAGGGCUAUGGAUUUGUUCGAUUCGGAGAUGAAAGUGAACAGUUACGUGCUAUGACAGAGAUGAAUGGAGCUUUCUGUUCAACAAGGCCUAUGCGAAUAGGGCUAGCUACAAACAAGAAGGCAGUAGCUGGCCAGCAGUAUCCUAAAGCUUCUUAUCAGAAUUCUCAAAAUCAGAGUGAGAACGAGAAUGACCCAAAUAAUACAACUAUAUUUGUUGGUAAUUUGGAUUCUAAUGUAACGGAUGACCAUUUGCGAGAGCUGUUUGGCCAAUAUGGGCAAUUGUUACAUGUGAAGAUACCAGCGGGCAAGCGGUGUGGGUUUGUUCAGUUUGUUGACAGGAGCUGUGCAGAGGAAGCAUUGCGGAUGUUAAAUGGAGCUCAUUUGAGUGGACAAAAUAUCCGGCUUUCAUGGGGACGCAGUCCUCCAAACAAACAGCCUCAACCAGAUGCUAGUCAGUGGAAUGCUGGAUAUUAUGGAUAUCCACAAGGAUAUGAAAAUUAUGGAUAUGCACCUGCUCCCCAGGAUCCUAACAUGUACUACGGGGGCUAUCCUGGGUAUGGGAAUUAUCAGCAGCCCCAACAGCAGCAGCAAAUGGGAUAUAGCUGAAAAGUUUUGGCAUAAUUGUGCUUUCAUCUUAUGUUAUAAGUGGCGUGAUGGUGUGACUGGUGCCAGUUCCGUAUAUUAUAUGCUUCUCAGGGACCAAUUCCGGCUGUGUUGUUUCUUUGCUAAUAGUUAUAGCUUAUGCACUGUAGAAAGCAUUAUUCUACUAAAUUUUGCAUAAUUGCUAUCUUAAUGUGCUCUUAUGAUAUGUUGUUAUCUCCAUGUAUUAUGGUUGCUUCUUGGAUAUGAAUAUUCUGGUCGAAUGGACAAGGCUUUGUCUUCUCCA